UUUGGAUAACGAGUUAAAGAGGCAGAGGAAAGGGAAACGAAGAGGGUUUGGAUUUGGAAGAAAACAAAAGGAUCCAUGUUGAGUAGACUGAGAUUACACACAGCUGAUUUCAGCGUCACCUUUAUCAAUCAGGCGUUCCCUAAUAGCAACCACCCACAACGUUCUGUCCGUAAUCUCCGCCUUCCGCUCCGCCGCUCCGCUUCUCGUUUCGUCCGUUCGAACUGUGUUUCAGCUUCAUCUUCGCCGUCUUCUUUGUCGUCGUCAUCACAUGAGCCGUCAGUUUCUACGCAUUACAUCCCCUCCGUUGGAUCCCCCUCUCUUCAGCUCUCUCAAGGGAGCCUCACCGACCGCCACAUCCUCGUGCUCAACGUCGUCGCCUGCGCUUUGGCAGUUUCGGCAACUUGGCUUUUUCUCUCUGCGAUCCCUACUCUUCUGGCUUUCAAGAGAGCAGCAGAGUCACUAGAGAAGCUGAUGGAUGUCGCCAGGGAAGAGCUUCCUGAUACAAUGGCUGCUGUUCGGUUAUCAGGCAUGGAGAUUAGCGACUUGACAACGGAGCUUAGUGAUUUGGGACAGGAGAUUACUCAAGGUGUUAGAAGCUCAACCAAAGCUGUUCGGUUAGCUGAGGAGAGAUUGCGUGGGUUAACAGACAUUGCUCCAUCAGCUUCGGUGCAGGUGGUAGCCAGUCAGAAAGCUGAGGUAUCACGGCCGGUGUUGGCUCGAACUGCAAGAAGCAUAAGGGAGGGAAUUGUAAAGGGCCGAGCCGUAUUUCAAAUAUUUUUCAUUCUAACCCGGUUUUCUAAGAUUGCUCUUAACUAUUUUACCAGUCGAGGUAAGCGGUAGAACCAUGGAAGCAAGUUUGGAUCUGUCUUCUGCGCAUGAGAUGCCGAAUCUUAAAAGAGUGUUAUCCAGAUUUUUCAUUUUCCUUAAAUCAUUCGUUCACAAGUCCAAGUAAGACA